AGCAGGUGAGUAGAGAACCAGCCUGAGCUGAAAGACAAUGAACAGACGUUACAGUCCGCAUUGCGAAAUAGAAGGCGUUUCCAUCAUCAUCAUCAUCAUGGCGGCGCUCAGCAAGAUUUUUGCCGGCUCGCAGUUCAACAAGACAAACUCGGCGGUUGCCGUGGCCGUCGUGGCCGCGAUCUACUGGGCUUCCUCGCGGAAGGGCAAGAAGGCUUCAGAGAGCGGCAGCAGAAAGCUCCCAGAUGUCCCACUGGUGAUUGGAGAGCAAGGAGAAAAGAAAGAGAAAGCAGCAGUAGAUGGAGUUUUUCUUAGGAGGAUAUACCAAAUACUGAAGAUCCUUGUACCAAAGUUUUUCUCUCCUGAGGUUGGGUACAUAAUCCUGGUGGCAUCCAUGUUACUGGCUAGGACUUACUGUGAUGUGUGGAUGAUUCAAAAUGGGACUGCUAUUGAGAGUGCUAUCAUUGGAAGAAGUAUCCCGCUGUUCAAGAAGCAUCUCUUCAGCUUCAUCUACGCAAUGCCUGCGAUUUCUCUGGUCAACAACGUCCUCAAGUAUGGUUUGAACGAGUUGAAGCUGAGAUUUCGUACCAACCUGUCCAACCAUCUGUACAGUCAGUACCUCAGGAGUUUCACCUACUACAAGAUGACAAAUCUGGACAACAGGAUUGCUAACGCUGACCAGCUUCUGACUCAGGAUGUGGAGCGUUUCUGUAACUCAGUAGUUGACCUGUACUCCAACCUCAGUAAGCCGAUAGUUGACAUUGUGAUCUAUGUGAAGAAGCUGACAGGCAGUAUUGGUGCCCAGGGGCCGGCCUCCAUGUUAGCCUACCUGGUCUUCUCAGGACUCAUUCUUACGAGGUUGCGACGUCCCAUCGGUAAGAUGACAGUCCAGGAACAGAGAUACGAGGGAGAGUUUCGCUACGUUAACUCCAGGCUCAUCACCAACAGUGAGGAGAUUGCAUUCUAUCAAGGGAACCAGAGAGAGAAGGCUACCAUAGAGCUGUCAUUCCAGAAACUGAUCGAGCACUUGAGGACGUUCAUUAUUUUCCGUUUCUCCAUGGGAUUUGUGGAUAACAUCAUCGCUAAGUAUGUUGCUACUGUGGUGGGUUACCUGGUUGUAAGCCGCCCCUUCCUGGACCUGGCCCACCCCAGACAUCGGCACAGCUCUCACAGUGAACUGCUGGAGGACUACUACAAGAGUGGACGUAUGCUGGUGAAGAUGGCUCAAGCCAUCGGCCGGAUUGUCCUGGCUGGGAGGGAGAUGACCAGGCUGGCCGGGUUCACAGCCCGUGUGACAGAACUAAUGAAGGUUCUGGGUGAUCUGAACAAGGGGAAGUAUGAGAGAACCAUGGUGUCUGCACAGAACAGGGACAGGGCCGAGCCAGAGGUGCCCCUCAUCCCAGGCAGUGGAACUGUCGUGGAGCAGGACCAUAUCAUCAAGUUUGAGCAUGUGCCACUGGUCACGCCAAAUGGGGAUGUGCUUGUCAAAGACCUUACAUUUGAGGUGAAGUCAGGAGUGAAUGUUCUGGUGUGCGGGCCGAACGGAUGUGGGAAGAGUUCCCUCUUCAGAAUACUGGGAGAGCUGUGGCCUUUGUUUGGUGGAACCAUGACCAAGCCAAAGAACAAGAAACUCUUCUACGUACCUCAGCGGCCGUACAUGACUCUGGGCACCCUGCGAGACCAGGUUAUCUACCCUGACACUCUACAGGACAUGAAGAAGAAAGGCUUCACUGAUGAACAGCUACUGGCACAUCUCAAGGAGGUUCAACUGGAGAACAUCCUGGAGCGGGAGGGGGGCUGGGACGCCGUACAGGACUGGAUGGAUGUGCUGAGUGGAGGGGAGAAGCAGCGAAUGGCGAUGGCCCGCCUGUUCUACCACAAGCCCCAGUUUGCCAUCCUGGAUGAGUGCACGUCUGCUGUGAGUGUGGACGUGGAGGGGUACAUCUAUAACCACUGCAGGGAGGUGGGCAUCACUCUCUUCACUGUGUCCCACAGGAAGUCUCUAUGGACCCACCAUGAGUUCUAUCUGCACAUGGAUGGCAGGGGGUCAUUCGAGUUCAAGCCUAUUUCAGAGGACACCGUGGAAUUUGGGUCUUAAGUUUUUACAUGGCAAGGACAAGAAAAUGUAUCAAACAGCACAAGGAUGUUUCAUGUUGAUUUUUAAUACUCUGUAAUUUUAUUUCAUGCUGUUUUAC